AUGGCGGAGGUUGGGGCGGCCGAAACGGAGGGUGCUGAGAAGAAGACCGCGGGGACCUCGGCGGCUCCGGUGUCGUUCAGCUUCACCCGGACCACCGGGAGGAGGCGGCUUCUCGCCGUGACGGGGCAAAGCGGCGGAGAAGAUAAACAGGAAACCGAUUUCCUGCGCGCCGUUGAGGGGCGGGAGCUGCAAAGCGUACGGCCGGCCCCACAGCCCAAAGAGCUUGUGAUCCCCCUGAUUCAGAAGAACCAGUGGAAGAAGCCAGCAGACCCAGCGCCCCUCCAGGACCUGAAGGGGAGUGAUGGGGUUGAAGCCCAAGCAGUCAGAGAGCUCAUUGAAGAAUCCAAGAAGUCGCAGGAGCAAUGGGAGAGCGGCAGCAAGGUUGACCCCGCAUUCGCCAUCCCCCUCCUCAUGCAGAAUCGCGUCCCCGACGGAUACGAGGACGGCGAGAAGGUGGACGUCAGCCUCCGCCCGGAAUCGUCAACGGAGGCAGACUACGAAGAAGUGCCAGUCGAUGCCUACGGUAUCGCCAUGCUGAAGGGCAUGGGGUGGAAGGCUGGUGAGGGCAUCGGGCGGACCUUCAAGCAGGAUGUGAAGCCGCCGGAGAACCGUCUUCGGCCCAAGGGUCUGGGCCUCGGAGCUGACCGCUCAGCGGCCCAGGAUUUGCAGCCAUCCGGGCCCCGGCGCCCCCCGAAGCCGGGCGAGGAACAGUCAAAAAGCCAAGACGAACCAUUGGGGCUGGUGACGGGAGGGGCCGUUUUCAUUGAGGCCGGGCCCCACAAGGAGCUCUAUGGAAAGAUUGAAGGCACGGAUGCCGACAACGCUCGCAUCAUGGUGAAGCUGGCCAUCGGUGGCAAGAUUGUGACCGUGAGCCAGCACGGAGUUCGCCCUGUGGCCCAGAAGGAAUACGACAAGUUUGCCAAAGACCUCAGCCGCCUCAGCAAGGCCCACAAAGAGAAAGAGGCCGAACAGAGGAACGGGGCCAAGCAUGACCCGGAGAGCGGGGCUGCACCAGACAAAAAGGAGGAGAGAAACAAGAAGAGGAAGCACCCCCCGGAGGCUGAAAGAGACGAAUGCUCGGGAAAGCACAGCAAGACAGGCACCGGCGGCCAUUCCUCGUCCAAAGGGCCGCACUGGUUGCGGCGAGACCUGCGAGUCCGCUUUGUGGAUAAGCUCUACAAGGGGGGCAAAUACUACAAUACAAAAAUGGUCAUCGAAGACGUCCUCAAGCCCGAUACCUGUGUAUGCCGGUCGGAAGAGGGCCGAAUCUUGGAUGGUAUCCAGGAGUCCAUGCUGGAGACGGUGAUUCCUCGGGGUGAUUCAGACUGGGUGAUGGUGGUGCUGGGGGAGCAGGCUGGCCAGGUGGGCCGCAUUCUGCGUCGAAACAAGGACCAAAGCUGCGCAGUGGUGCAGCUGCAGCAGGAUGAAGAUAAGCUGCUGACUCUGGAGUAUGACGCCGUCUGCCACUACGUUGGCGGAACGGAGGACGACUGA